GACUCCGGGGGGGUUGGUCUCGAGGAAGUGAACGGCGCGGCCAGCGAGUCCGUCAACCUCACCUUCACCUGCAGCUGUACCUCCGCUUUUCUCCCAGCCUGGCGGACGCUGACUCGGAGGGUGACGGUUGACGUUCGCAAGAUUGUCAUGGCCUACCCGCGAUACGGAGGAGGGCUUGGAAAUUUUAGCAAUCAGAUGCAAAUGGGACAGCCAAUGCCAGGAACAGGGCCAGCUGUGCUCCCUGGUGGAUACCCUGCAUACCCAGCUUAUCCGGACAGUUAUUCCUCAGCGGGAGACCCCAUGUGGACAUACUUCACUGCUGUUGCUGACCAGGAUGGUGAAGUGGAUGCUGAAGAACUUCAGAAAUGUUUAACACAGUCUGGAAUUAGUGGAACUUUUUCUCCCUUCAGUUUGGAAACCUGCAGAAUUAUGAUUGCCAUGUUGGAUAGAGAUUACACAGGAAAAAUGGGAUUUAAUGAAUUCAAAGAACUUUGGGCAGCUCUUAAUGCCUGGAAGCAAAAUUUCAUAACUGUUGAUAAAGACGGAAGUGGCACAGUAGAGCGUCAUGAAUUGAAUCAAGCCAUUGCUGCUAUGGGUUAUAGGUUGAGUCCUCAGACAUUAACUACUAUUGUUAAACGUUAUAGCAAGAAUGGCAGAAUUUUCUUUGAUGAUUAUGUUGCUUGCUGUGUGAAGCUUCGAGCAUUGACAGAUUUCUUUAGGAGAAGAGACCACUUGCGACAAGGGGUUGUGAGUUUCAUAUAUGAUGAUAUGGUUGCUGUUAACCUGAUUCCAAGUUUGUUUUGUUUUUAACUGAAGGAGAGGUUAUAUUUCACAUGUUCUUUAGUGUUUCAAGGUUUUGUUUUAUUUUCGUUAUGUAGGAAUUAUAGGGUCAACUUUACCCUACUAGUAUAAUACUGGUUUGAGUUACAAGCCUUAGAAACUCAAAAUUUCUCCUUUUGUGAAAAUGCUUCUGUAGAAUAUAAUUAAUCAAAACCAAAACCAUUUUGUUGUUACCAGCUGGUGAUUUUGCUUAUGUAUUAGUUUUUGCAGGGCACUAUGACAAUUUGAUAGUCUAGAAUUUGAAGGCUGAAGAAAUACUGUGAAUUUCUCUGCUUGGAAGAAAUGAACUGAACUACUUUGAAUUAAAGCUUUUGGGGCUUUUCCAUGUUCCUGUCUGUUAAAUCUCUUCUCUUUCUAUGUGUUUUUACUUUAGCUCACCAUGCAAAGCAGUAAAAGAGAUGUUUUUGUAUUUGUAAUAUUUAUAUAAAUUUAUAACUUUAGGGAUAUCUGCAUAAUAAAUAUUGGUAUAUGAUUAAGUGAUAUAAAUACCUCUUAGUUUUAAUUUUCUUUCUUACUUACAAGAUAGAUUAUAUAAGAAACCAAAUGAUGAAAGCCUAGAUAAAACUAAUUUAUACUUACCUGAAGGUUAUAAAUUAUACUUGGAAAUUUUGUUUGUAGUUGUUGGUAUUUGAGGGUGAGCCAGAAGGGGAAGCCUAGAUUUUGCGCCAUCUUUGUAAUAGGGUUUGUUCUUUGAUCACAUAAUCAGAGAACAGAAACUCAUGAGUCUUUGCCUGUGAAGAAGAAAAUUGUACUUCCUAAAAUUUUAUCUUAAAUCACCUUAGGUGAACCAUAAAUUAAACUAUGGUGAAAUAAAACUACAGGAGGCAUUGUUUUUCCUUUUUAAAUUUUUUGCAGUAUAUAUUUUUCUUCAAUAUGUUUUAUUGUCUCCUGUGGAAAAAAAUUCUUAAUAAACAUAACUUUUUUCUCUGCGCUUUAUAGGUAACCUAAAAUGGCGUCUUUUUCUAAAUCUAGAUUUUCUGGAAAUGACGUAUUUUUAAUGAAAUGUCAAUAUUUAAAUUUGUCCUUUUAAACUAAAUUGUUUAUACAUAAUGCUGUUAACUGUUUAGAAAGUUUAAAAAACUCCAGUAAUCUACCACUUUGUUUAAAUGUUCAGAAAUUAUAAGUUUGACUUUCUUGACAACAUUAGCCAGUGAUUUUGGCAUUAGUAAACCAGUAAGUCUUUACCACUAGGUGUAAUGUGGGUCCUAAGCAUGGUAGGCAUUGUGGAAGCAUUUUUGAGUGGUGUUACUAACAAAAAUUGCAAAGUGGAGUCACCAGGUCCUUAGCAUUUAAGAUUCCUGGUAUAAGCUGCUGCAAUUAAUCCAGUCCCUUUCUGGGCAAACACCCCAAAGUCUUUCUUAAUGAAGUUUUAAUAAACCACAUAUUUUUUCUUACACUUUAACUGACUAUCUUCCAGCUUAAAGGUGCAAAUGUCAUAAUCUUAAUAUGGCUCGUGACCAAAUUAAUAGUUUUUCAUUUAAAAAUUUUUCAUUAAAAAUGGAGGAUGAAUGGUAGCAUCUUGAACAAAAACCUUUUAUAAACUUUCACUUUAAAAAAAUCCUAGAAAGGAAGUAAUGUAUAUUCAUGUUGAUAUUGAUAAUUUUAUAUAAUUACCUGUCGAAUUCAUUUGGUCAGCUUUAUAAAAAUGUGUGAAUAAAUAAUCCAUGUAAUUUU